AUGACGCUGAAGUCAAGUAUUCUCAAAAUUGUUGCGCAACUAUCCUCUAAAGUUUUCCUUGGCGAUAAAAUUUGUCGGAAUCCAGAUUGGUUACGUAUUACUGUGAAUUAUACCGUGGACUCAUUCAUUGCAGCCAUGGCUCUGCGCCAAUGGCCUCAAAUUCUACGCCCAUUGAUUGCAAAAUUUCUGCCAUGCUGUCAAAAAAUAAGAACUGAGCUUAAGGAAGCAAGGGCCGUCAUAAGUCCAGUGCUUGAGGAGAGGCGGUUUACAAAAGAAAAAGCAAGACGAGAAGGGAAGCAGCCUGAGCGGUUUAACGAUGCUAUGGAGUGGAUGGAGGAGAUUUCCAAAGGCCGUUAUUACAGUCCUGAAUACUCACAGUUAUCAUUCUCAGUGGCUGCAAUACACACAACCUCUGAUAUGCUCACGCAGGUUCUUUUUGAUCUCUGCGAUAAGGAAGGGCUUAUUCAAGAGCUUCGAGAGGAAGUCAUCGCAGUAAUAAAAGAGGAAGGUUGGAAGAAAACGACUUUGUACAAAUUGAAACUUAUGGACAGUGUUUUGAAAGAGAGUCAAAGAUUGAAGCCCAUUAAUAUCGUUAUGCGUGAAGAUGGAAACGAAGUUAAUUUUGCCACUCCAGCAAGCAUGAGACGCCUUGUUUUGACAGACCUAAGUCUUUCUGAUGGUACUAUUAUUCCAAAGAAUUCAUUUCUUGUUCUGUCAGGGGAGAAAAUGUGGGACGCAGAAACAUAUCCAAAUCCAGAAAACUUUGAUCCAUAUCGAUUUUUGAGACUACGAGAAACCCCGGGUCAUGAGACGUCUGCACAGCUAGUAUCUCCCUCUCCAGAACAUCUUGGAUUCGGGUAUGGAAAGCAUGCAUGUCCAGGACGAUUUUUUGCGGCAAAUGAAAUCAAAAUCGCUCUUUGUCAUAUUUUGCUGAAAUACGACUUCAAAUUUGCGCCGGGGUCAGCCAAACCAAAGGUUCAGAAGAACGGAUUUUCUUUGAAUGUGGAUCCAAUGGCGAGUAUUGCAGUUCGAAGGCGAAAGGAAGAAAUCUUGCUCUAA